AUGCCCUCCCUCAACCCCAUCCGCAACGCGAAGCGGACCUUGCAGCCCUACGACCCGCUGCCUGGUGGAAACAGCUACAUUGAUUCCGACGACGACGUCGAAAAGCGCCGCUCCAUCGACAGUCUUGACUACCAGGACUCCGAAUCCUCACCAUCCGCAUAUGCCUCACGUCCCGGCACCAUGCAGGGCACCACCACCUCUGCUCAGUUCUACCGGAACCGCUCCGAUUCGCGCGCCCGCAAAGCUUCAAUGUCGGCGCAGCACCCGCCCAACUACACCUCGUCCUCACACUACUACUCGCAUCGCGUCGGCCGCCGGCGCUUCAGCCGCUGGUUUGCCUUGGCCUUGGGCAGUACCGUCAUAUUUUUCAUCAUCUGGCUAAGCGCCAUGGGAAGGAGGAGCCAUAUUGCCCUGGAAACGGGCGAGGCCGUGAGCAAGGAGCCCCCGCCGCCCGCCGCCUGGGAGUCGUUUCCCUUCCUGAAACGCUACCAUGGCGGCCUCCGCACUCUGGUGCCACGUGCAGAAAACGUCCCCGAAUACCCUGGAGAAGGCUUCAACGCGUCCGAACUGCUCGGCUCGCGCAACGAGGAUGGUAGCCUUUUGAAGCGCGGCGAGACGGGCGGUGACGGCUGGAGCUACGAGGACGAGCGUUCCAAGGACCACGGCCUCCCGCCCAUGCAGCUUUUCAAUCCCUACCCGGACUACAAGUCGGCCGAAUACAAGGACAAGUACGGCGCUGAGGUCAUUCCGUGUUUUCUGGACGAGAAGAAGUCGGCGCGCGUGCCUCAGAUGCGCGUCUAUCCCGGCGUCGUAAACGGCACCCCGGAUAACGUCAUGGGAUCCUUUGAAAUUUUCGAACUCCGCGACGACGUCUGCUUUGAGCGCUUCGGACGCCUUGGACCGUACGGCUUGGGAUACAGCCGCAAGUACGGUGGUAGUGGUGCUGGAAUGGAAGGCGAUCGUGAAGGUGCCGAACAGGUCUGGCAAGACGACGACCAGGUUGAUUUCAGAAACGUCAGAUGGGCCGACGUCCAGAGCCGUUGCGCCAGGGCCAAUGAACACCGCUUCAAGCCCCGUGGACAGCCAAUUGGCAAUGGACUCAGCCAUCUUUACUUCGAUGGCUAUGAGGAGCACAAGGUGGAGGAGGUUGCAAAGAAGAUUGAAGCUAGGGACCCGCAGAUGGAUGACCCCGCCCCGCCAGUGCCUCAUGGAAAUGACGAGGGCGCAACGCGCUUCAAGCCUGUUGAUAGCUCUUCUGGGUCGAAGUCCACGAUUGAUACGCCCGCGAAAGACUCCUUCUUGGAAGACGGUGAGACGACGCCGUUCAAACCGGUCGGUGCCACUUCUCAGACAUCCGGAAGCUCGAAGCAAGCCAGGAAGCUGCUGCCGCGCACUGCUGUCAUUAUUCGGACAUGGCACGACUAUCAAUACGACGAUGAGGACUUGUUCUAUCUGCGUGCCAUUAUCACCGAGCUUGCUGUCAACUCUGGCGGCGAGUAUGAAGUUCAUUUCUUGAUCCACUUCAAGGACAACGACACCCCCAUCUGGUCCGAUGAGGAGACAUAUCAACGCGUACUCAACGACUCGCUUCCUGAGGAAUUCCGUGGCAUGGGCACACUCUGGACUGAGCGCCAAAUGAGUCUCAUCUACGGAGGUUUGGCAGAGAGCAACUACCGCGAUCUUCCCGUGUAUGGUGCAUACCGCUCUAGCUUCCUGCCUGUGCAACACUUUGCUCAUAUGCAUCCCGAGUACGAUUUCUUUUGGCAUUGGGAGAUGGAUGUGCGCUACACUGGUCACUUCUACCAUCUAUUCUCCAAGGUCUCCGAAUGGGCUAAGAAGCAACCCCGUAAGGGCCUCUGGGAGCGCAACUCUCGCUUCUACGUUCCGCGUGAACAUGGUUCUUGGGACGACUUCAAGCACAUGGUCCGUGUCCAGACCGAACACGGCACAGCUUCGAAGAGCAAUAUGUGGGCUGAGAUGGCCAAGGAUGACCCCAACGUACCAGACGACAUCAAAGCGCAGGCCGUUCAGAAGCCGGAGAAGCCCAUCUGGGGACCUGAGCCGCCGGCAGACGACGAGAUGGAUACGCAGGAUGACCCCGAAGUGCCCGACAUCACCAAGGACAAAUACGAGUGGGGUGUGGGCGAAGAUGCAGACCUGAUCACAUUCAACCCUAUGUUCGACCCGGACCGCACCAACUGGAUCUUGGCCGACGACGUAACGGGCUACAACGUGUCGGAGCGCAAGCCGCCGCGGCGCACGGCCAUCAUCACGGCAACGCGUCUCUCCAAGCGACUGCUGAAGAUUAUGCACCGCGAGACGUCGCUCCGCAAGCGCACCAUGUUCUCGGAGAUGUGGCCGCCGUCGUGCGCGCUGCACCACGGGUUGAAGGCAGUGUAUGCACCCCACCCAGUCUUCAUCGACCGCCGCUGGCCGACGGAUUACCUCGCUGCCAUCAUGAACAACGGCCGCAACGGCGCGGCGGGCGGCGCCCGAUUGUCUGUCUUUUCGGACGAGCGCCAGCACAACUUCCGCGGUACCACGUGGUACUACAACUCGGGCUUCGCGCCCAACUUGUGGAAGAGGUGGCUGGGGUACGUUGUUGACAAUGAUGGCGGUGAGGCGGAAGAGGUGUGGGGCGAGGGACGUAUGUGUCUCCCCGCUAUGCUGCUGCAUCCGGUUAAGCAGGUGGAUUUGGUGUUUGAGCACGCGGAUUAA